GCCUAUAAAUAAUCUUAAUCGGAAAUGACGUGUUCUCUUCUAGCGAUCCAACAUGGCGGAACAGAGUGAGAAGAAGGAGAACCCCAUGAAGGAGCUGCGUAUCCGCAAGCUCUGCCUGAAUAUCUGCGUCGGCGAGAGCGGUGACAGAUUGACCCGAGCCGCCAAAGUGCUCGAGCAGCUUACGGGACAGACGCCUGUCUUUUCUAAGGCUCGUUACACCGUGAGAUCGUUCGGCAUCCGCAGAAACGAGAAGAUUGCCGUCCACUGCACAGUCCGCGGCGCCAAAGCCGAGGAGAUCCUGGAGAAAGGACUUAGGGUGCGCGAGUACGAGCUGAGAAAGAACAACUUCUCCGAUACCGGAAAUUUUGGCUUUGGCAUUCAGGAGCACAUCGACCUGGGCAUCAAGUACGACCCCAGCAUCGGCAUCUACGGACUUGACUUCUACGUGGUUCUGGGCCGACCCGGCUUCAGCAUCGCAGACAAGAAACGGAAACGCGGCCGCAUCGGCUUCAAGCACCGCAUCCGCAAAGAGGAGUCCAUGCGCUGGUUUCAGCAGAAGUACGAUGGCGUCAUCCUCCCCGGCAAGUAAAGGACCACCUUUGACAUCUUUGUAAGAAAGUAAUAAACGUGGAAAAGAAUAGA